AUGGGAAAUAUGAUAAAAAAGACAUAUUUGCUCGCUCUGCUACCACUGCUUGCAACAGCUGCUUCUACUGCAGCAGCUGAUGCAGGAACAUCUGCGGAUACCGAAGGCUCAUCACACCUAAAGUCAUUUUUAAUGUCCAUUUCUAUGAUUGGGCUUUCUGAAAUAGGUGAUAAAACUUUUUUGAUUGCAGCCUUGAUGGCAAUGCGCCAUCGAAGACUUUUAGUCUUUUCAGCAGCAGCCACUUCCCUUGCCAUCAUGACUGUUUUGUCUGGUGUUGUAGGCCACUCCGUUGUUGCCUUUCUUUCUGAACGUUAUACAGCAUUUUUGGCUGGUAUUUUGUUCCUCGUAUUCGGCUAUAAAUUGACCAUGGAAGGUUUGGAGAUGUCCAAGGAUGCAGGUGUUGAAGAAGAUAUGGCUGAAGUGGAGGAGGAGAUUGCGAUCAAAGACGUGAACAAGGAUAUGAACGAUGUUGAGAAAGGUGGUGAAACUGCUCGUGAUAAACAGUUGAAGAAUGUUUCGACGGGAGGGAAGAUCGUACACAGACUUCGAGAACUAGCAUCAUUUAUGUUUUCCCCAAUAUGGGUUCAAAUUUUUUUGAUGGUCUUUUUAGGAGAAUUGGGUGAUCGUUCACAAAUAAGUAUUAUUGCCCUUGCUACUGACAGCGACUACUGGUACGUGAUUGGAGGUGCUGUUGUUGGACAUGCUAUUUGUACUGGCCUAGCUGUGGUUGGUGGAAAAUUAUUGGCAACAAAAAUUAGCAUAAGGAGUAUCACUCUUGCUAGCUCAUUAUUGUUUUUCAUUUUUGCUCUGAUGUAUAUAUAUCAAGCAUUCACAACAUCAACCUGA